UCUUACAUGCUUGUUUUUCUCAAAAUGAGUGUUAGUUUCACCUUCUUAAGACCUUUUGCUAGAUUUUUAGUACCAUUUAACCUUCAUAGGAAGAGAAGAGACCUAUAUUCAACAGUUCUACAGAGAUACAUGUCUUCUAAAACACCAGCUGUAUCCUGUCCUGACAAAGAGAGAACAUCUUCUGAACAACUAGAAUUGGAUGGGUGGAAAAUUACAAUGAAAUCUAGUGUGGUCACUCAAGAAGGUGUUUCAGCAGUCUCAAGCAGCAAGGAUGAAGAUUCUCUAGCCGCCACAAGAGAAUUAAUUGAGAUGUGGAGAUUGCUUGGCAGAGAAGUACCAGAACACAUCAGUGACGAAGAUCUCAAAACCAUUAUGGAAAGUGCUUCUAAAUCAUCAAAAAGGAAGUACUUAAAAUAUUUAUAUGUUAAGGAAAAAAUGAAAAAAGCUAAGCAAAUAAAAAAGGAAAUGAAAGCAGCAGCAAAGGAAGGAGCAGAAAAAACCAAGCUGCUAGAAACCACUGAGGAAGAUAAACAGCAAAACUUUCUAUUUCUACGGCUUUGGAAUAGGAAUAUGGACAAUGCAAUGGGCUGGAAAGGUGCACAGGCCAUGCAAUUUGGACAGCCUUUAGUCUUUGACAUGGCUUAUGAGAACUAUAUGCAACCAAAAGAACUGCAGAAUACUGUUUCCCAACUUUUAGAAAGUGAGGGAUCCAACAGAAGAAAUGUUGAUCCUUUCCAUAUUUAUUUCUGCAAUCUUAAGAAAGAUGGUGGUUAUUACGGAGAAUUAGUUAAACGCUAUGGAGAGAAAUGGGACAAAUUGCUUUUAACAGCAACAGAAAAGUCUCAUGUGGAUUUAUUUCCAAAGGACAGUGUUAUCUAUUUAACUGCAGAUUCUCCCAAUGUUAUGACUACUUUUAAGCAUGACAAAAUUUAUAUUAUUGGGUCUUUUGUUGAUAAGAAUAUGCAGCCAGGCAUAUCUCUAGCCAAUGCAAAACGGCUGAAGCUGGCAACAGAACGCCUUCCAUUAGAUAAAUAUUUACAGUGGGAAACUGGGAGCAAAAAUCUCACCUUAGACCAAAUGAUGCGCAUUUUGUUAUGUCUGAAAAAUACUGGGAAUUGGGAAGAGGCUCUGAAGUUUGUGCCCAGGAGAAAACAUGCGGGAUGUAUGGAGAUUUCUCAGUAUUCUCAAGAGUUUGUCAACCAAUUGAAAAAGUCAAAGACUUUUAAUCCAUUUCCAAAAGGCUCUUUAAAUGUACGCACAAAGAAAUGGUAG